GGAUAUUGGGUGAAGAUCCGCUAGCUUGGCGACCUCGCCAAGCGAGCGAAUCUUCACGUGUAAGGGCACCUUUAUGGACCCCACCAAGCACCGCCUGCCCUUCCUUGUUAUUUCCCCGCUGCACUUUCUCCCUCGAUUGCUGAGAAGGGGCUGGUGAUGAGUGAGCAGAGGGGGUUUGGGGGCCACUGGAGUAGCAGCCAGUGAGCCUCGCACAUUCCAGUCAGACCCUGGACCCCACUUGUGUGCCGUGACUUAUGUGUAUUAUAAAAAAUUAUUUACUCUUCUUUAUAAAAUGAGGAUAGAGGGAUGUUGGGGUCUGGGUGGAGCUCCAUGACUUGCAAGGUAAUGGGGCCUCAUGCUACAAGUAAAUGGACUUUGGUGUCUAAUAUCCUUAUACUUUGCAAGAGGGGUACGUUAUUUCCUAUAUAAUAUACAAUCUGUUCAAAAUUAGGCUUUCUCUUGGCUGAAGUGGCUAGACAGUCAGAUCUAUCACGUUCCAAGGUGUAGUGACAGAUGGACAGUUUGUCUGAUAUCCUUCUUAUCUACUCCUAACCUGGGAAUACAGGUGUCUUGUAUGUUCUGUUAAACACAAUUCUGGACACAUAUGUAACGAGGCAGCUCCUGUUCAUAGACUUACAGUAAAUGUAAAUAGGCAGAUAAUAAAUGGAAAAUUCAAAGAACAUGUAACAACCUUUUGUACAGGACCAUAACUAUUAUGGUGCCCUUAUUUCAUACUAAAGAUCUCAGAUUGAGUGUGUGCUCAUAUCUCAGCUGGCCCAACACUAUUUGGUCUUCUAAGGGCCUGACUUCCGCUACGGUGAUGGCCGCGCAAUUAGUAAGUUAAACAAAAUACAUAGAUUGUACUUUGUGUCAUUUAUAUCUGCUCGAACGCCUCAAUGAGCACCAGGCACUGUCCUGCUGGAUUAAUGAUCAAUUACCCCUACCUGUUUCUGGCAGUCAGCAGUUCUGCCACUGACCCUCUACUGCCAUAAGAUUCUCACUUCAGCAAGAGGAUCCAGCAGAACGAAGAGACAUGGACAGGAACAUCACAUCCAGAAUAUCCAUCCCAGUCCAACAGUUCAAUAUCUCAGACAUCAUAGUCAUUGCUGCCUACUUUCUUCUCAAUGUGGCCGUUGGCAUUUGGUCGUCCUGUCGGGUGAACAGGAACACGCUGAGCGGUUAUUUCCUGGCAGGAAGGAACAUGGCUUGGUGGCCAAUUGGUGCAUCUCUCUUUGCAAGCAGCGAGGGAUCGGGGCUGUUUAUCGGUUUGGCAGGUACCGGAGCAGCAGGGGGCAUCGCGGUUGCAGGCUUCGAAUGGAAUGCUACCUACAUCCUGCUGGCUCUGGCUUGGAUCUUCGUACCAGUCUACAUCUCAUCUGGGAUUGUGACUAUGCCCGAGUACCUGCAGAGAAGGUUCGGGGGAGAGCGGAUCCAGAUGUACCUUUCCGGUCUCUCCUUGUUGCUAUCGGUGUUUACCAAGAUUUCGACUGACCUGUAUUCCGGAGCGCUGUUUAUACAAGUGUGUUUGGGUUGGAACCUCUAUCUCUCUACGGUUCUCAUGCUGGUGGUGACCGCCCUGUACACUAUUGCAGGUGGUUUGGCCGCAGUUAUCUAUACAGAUGCUUUGCAAACAGUGAUUAUGAUCGUCGGAGCGGUUAUACUGACAAUCACAGCAUUUAACAAAAUAGGAGGGUACCAAAACUUGGAGGUGGCUUACGCACAAGCCGUUCCAUCCCAGAUUGUCCCGAACACCACGUGCCACCUUCCGCGCCACGACGCCAUGCACCUUUUCCGAGACCCUGUCUCCGGUGAUCUCCCGUGGCCCGGCAUGACAUUUGGCCUGACUAUCCUCGCCGCUUGGUACUGGUGCACAGACCAGGUUAUUGUACAGAGAUCCCUGUCUGCAAAGAACCUGAGUCACGCCAAGGCCGGAUCCAUCCUCGCCAGCUACCUAAAGAUGCUUCCCAUGAUAUUCAUCAUUAUGCCAGGGAUGAUCAGCCGAGCUCUUUAUCCAGAUUCUGUGGCGUGCGUAGUUCCGGAAGUGUGCCAGGAGGUUUGCGGAACGGAGGCCGGUUGUUCCAAUAUUGCAUAUCCCAAGCUGGUCAUUGAGCUUAUGCCUAGCGGUCUGCGUGGGCUGAUGAUUGCCGUUAUGAUGGCCGCCCUCAUGUCCUCCCUGACAUCCAUAUUCAACAGCAGCAGCACCCUGUUCACCAUGGAUAUCUGGAGGAAGAUAAGGAAGAAUGCCAAUGAGAAGGAGCUACUCCUGGUCGGAAGGAUCGUCACCGUGGUGUUGGUGGCCAUCAGCGUAGUGUGGAUUCCCAUUCUACAAAGCGCUAACAGUGGGCAGCUCUACGUCUACAUCCAGUCUGUUACAAGUUACCUGGCCCCCCCGGUUACAGCUGUCUUUGCCUUGGCGGUUUUCUGGAGAAGAGCCAAUGAGCAGGGGGCAUUCUGGGGGCUGAUGGUGGGACUUAUCGUUGGCCUUGUUCGGAUGAUCCUGGAAUUUGUGUACCCCUUCCCUCGCUGUGGGAUCCCCGAUGAAAGGCCGUCGGUGCUCAAGGACGUGCACUACCUGCACUUUGCCAUCAUCCUGUGCGCCCUGACUGUGGGGGUAGUAGUGGGGGUCAGUCUCCUGACAGAGCCGCCCUUGCAGUCGCAGAUAAAAAACCUGACAUGGUGGACCAUAUCCCAGGGACGAGCCCCGGCUGAAAUCACACUCAGGAAAGUGUCGACUAGAAGCCAAUCAACACAAGGAGCCAAUGAUGCAGCUCCCACUAAUUGCUCCCCUCGCAGCAGAUCGUGGAGCACCUUGUUCUGCAGCACCCCAGAAGCAACGGUGGAAUCUCCCAAACCCCUCCCACCCCGAAGCAUAAAGGAAGAUCCAUUCUGGGCGCGGGUGUGCUGUAUCAACGCCAUCAUCUUGAUAUGUGUCAACAUCUUUUUCUAUGCAUACUUUGCUUGAGCAGAAAAGGAAGAGCCCAAGAAGUGGGGGGAUCUCAGCGUGUUGGACGCCCCUAGGGCUUUAUUGGCUCGUGUGUUUAACCAAAGAGCAUUACGAACUCUUCAGGUAGAAGUCAUACGCUCAGCAGAGAUCCACAUAAACCCCUACAUAGGUAUAUACAUAUAUAUAUAUAUAUAUAUGGAUGUAUUAUACUUUAAUAAGCAAAAAAUGUACAACUGGACUCUUUUGUUGGUUUGUCAUUAGUCCAUUAGUUUCUAGGGCAGAUAACUCUAUGUAUAUAGCCAUAGCCGUAUAUAGCCAUAGCCAUAUAUAGCCAUAGCAGUAUAUACAGUAGCCAUAGCCGUAUAUAGCCAUAGACGUAUAUAGCCGUGCCACAAGGAGUAGUAAUAGUGUCAGCCCAUGUGUAGCCAGGGUAAGGUUGUGCCAGCUUGGGUGCCCAAAAGGAACCAACUUUCUGCUCAAAUGCAAUUGGACGGGGGGGGGGCAGUCUCUCAUUGCACUCUUUGCAUUUGCUUUAUAUUAGGUCACAAGUUGCUUUUCCCACUAGGGUCAAUAAAACAAAGUGGCAAGCAGUGUGGGUCCCAUCAGUAUAGCACGGCUUGCUUAUCCACGGUAGCCACAUUGGGUAUGUUACAAAUAUAAUUAUGUCAUAAAAAGUGGCGGAAAAUAAAUGGUGUAUAUUUAA